AUGGGUAUAAGUAUUGAAGCAAAAAAGAAAUCUCCAUCACUUAAAGAACAGCACGCUAUAUGGAAGAGUAGAAAGGCAUUAUUUCGCCGCACGGACAGCCCUCUCCUGAAAACAGCAAAGAAGGCCACAAGAUUUCUAGAAAAGCAAAUUAAACAAGAUUUAUUAAAGAAAAGCAAGCACUCUAUAAAGGACAAAAAACUGCCAUAGCAUAGACCAAACAGGAAUAAAUUUAAUUGCAGGUUAUAUCAGGCUAUAAAAAGAAUUCCUUUGUAAUUCUUUCAUUUACCUUGGACCUAACAAGAACAUCUUCACAUAUUUUUAUAUGCGGGUGGUUCUUUGCCUGAGAAGACUUUAAAUGGCUUAAAUCUGUAUUAGAAAACACACAUCUAGAAAGAACUAGAGGAGCAGGCUCGGCUAGUUUUAUGUCAUGUUUUUGUACUUCAUUUUUAUUUAAGAUAUUCUCUAUUUCUAUAGCAGACCCUGA